AUGGAACAGUCUACGAAUACAAGUGCUAAAAGGCCCUCUGCUGGAGAUAAAUCUAACAAGGUCUCUAGGAAGGUUGACGCCUUCGCAGUCUCAUUGGAUGGCACCAAAUGUGCAGCUGUCCUGGGAGGUGGCAUACGUCUAUGGGACCGGGCCACAAACCGGACCAAGCACAUGCAGAGUGGUCAUGACGGACGUAUCACCUCAAUAGCAUUUUCCUCAAGUGGGGAUCUGUUUGCGACAGCUUCGACUGACAAGUCGAUCAAGCUCUGGGAUUCGACGAUAGAUCAACGAUAUACCUAUCCUCUACCAAGCCCAACCAGGAGAUUCGAUCCGUCCACAGAUCCACAGCAACACAGCAGAGUGCGAAAGGUUGGGCAGCCCCUCUCUGAUCCCUCUGGCUACUUCUGCGAAGCACACUUCCGCUAA